GCGCCCUGCCCUUUGAGCCCGGGCAGCUCCCGCGCUGGCAGGCUCGUCUUGGGGGAUCGGGGACCAGCCCGGUCCGGCCUCGCGGGCUGGGGAGCAGUCGGGCGCGGGCCCGCAGGCGACAUGCUGCGGCUGCUGGCGUCCGGCUGUGCCCAGGGCUCGAGGGCCUGGGCGGGCGCACGUCCUGCCGCGGGGCUCUGCGACCCGCGGCGCGGCCAGGCCUCCGACGCCCCCCGGAACCAGCCCCCCAGCUCCGAGUUCGUGGCCCGGUCGGUGGGCGUCUGCUCCAUGAUGCGGCUGCCCGUGCAGGCCUCCCCCGAGGGGCUGGACGCUGCCUUCGUCGGGGUGCCCCUGGACAUCGGGACCUCCAACCGGCCCGGGGCGAGGUUUGGACCCCGGCGGAUCCGGGAAGAGUCAGUGAUGCUGCGGACAGUCAACCCUAGCACAGGGGCCCUCCCCUUCCAGUCCCUCAUGGUCGCAGACCUGGGCGACGUGAACGUCAAUCUUUACAACCUUCAGGACAGCUGCCGGCUAAUUCGAGAGGCCUAUCAGAAAAUUGUAGCAGCUGGCUGUGUUCCUCUGACUUUGGGUGGAGAUCACACAAUCACAUAUCCCAUAUUGCAAGCAAUAGCAAAAAAGUAUGGCCCUGUGGGGCUGCUGCACGUGGAUGCCCACACGGACACUGCCGACAAGGCCCUAGGAGAGAAGCUGUAUCACGGGACGCCCUUCCGCCGGUGUGUGGACGAGGGACUCCUGGACUGUACGAGGGUGGUGCAGAUUGGCAUCCGUGGCCCCUCCAUGACCUUGGAUCCCUACGGAUACAACCGGAGCCAGGGCUUCCGGGUGGUCCUGGCUGAAGACUGCUGGAUGAAGUUGCUGGUGCCUCUGAUGGGGGAAGUGAGGCAGCAGAUGGGAGGCAAACCCAUUUACAUCAGCUUUGAUAUCGACGCCUUGGAUCCUGCCUAUGCCCCAGGGACAGGGACACCUGAAAUUGCUGGUCUCACCCCUAGUCAGGCUCUGGAGAUCAUCCGCGGUUGUCAAGGCCUGAACGUGGUGGGCUGUGAUCUUGUGGAAGUCUCGCCGCUGUACGAUCUUUCUGGUGAGUGA